AUGGUGGUGGAUUCGGGCGCUAAGCAAUGUUUCGUUGAUCUCGCCAAGGCAGACACCAGCGGCGAUUAUGAGAAAGCUUUGCGAAUCGCCAAUAAAGUGCUGCGGACAUAUCCGAAGGAGACGAUGGCAUUCAAGUGCAAACUGGUGGCGCUUAUUCAACUCGGCCGCAUGGAUGAGGCACUGACGUUAAUCAAGAAGACUCCUCCACACCACAUGGGGCAAGUUGUCUGCUUUUUACAGCCAAAAUUGCCUGUUUUCUCAAUCUUAACCUGCAUAUUUGAAAAAGCGUACGUCUUGUAUCGACUUAAUGAGGAUGCAGCUGCACUGGAAACGUUGAACAAGGCGCCUCCCGAUGACUACCGAUGCGCGGAAUUGAGGGCGCAGUUGUUGUAUCGUGCCGAGAAAUUUGAAGAAGCCUCAAAAAUUUUCAUGAUGCUGCUGAAGGAGUAUUCGGAUGAUUACGAUGAAGUGCGUCGCACUAAUUUGAUCGCUACGAUUGCGCAGCUACAGGCUGGCGGCUUCGCUCAGAUUUCUGUGCUUUUAGAAGUAUGCAGUGAUACGCUAAUAGAAGAAGGUUUGGCUGAAGAAGAAAUCGAAGAGGAACUUUCGGUGAUUCGAGUACAGAAGGCGUUCGUGCUUCAAAAAUUAGGCAGAAAUGAAGAUGCUUUCAAAAUUUACUUGCGCAUCCAAGAUUUAAAUGUUUCGGACAAAAGCGUUACCGCAACAGUUGCCAAUAAUAUACCAUCGGCUCGCAGCGAGCAAAAUUUGCUGGAAGCACGAAAGAAGCUGAAAGCUGCUCUGCAAGUUGAAAAUUCCAAGCUUACUUGUCGACAGCGACGUACACUGCUACUGAAUCAGGCUUUAGUACACCUCUUCUCAAACCAGCGUGAACCGUGUCGCCGAACUCUUGAAGAAUUUGCAAAAAAAUUUGGUCGCUGUAAGGAGAUGACAUUGGUUGAAGCAGCACUGCAUGUUCGCUCGAAGGACUCGCAGAAGGCACUUGCGAUUCUCGAGAGCGACACGUCGAACGAGACGAAAUUGACUGCGCUGCAGAUUUUGCUUGAUGAAGGAAAGUUGGAAGAAGCGAGUCAAGUCCUGAACGCACUUCCGCCGAAACUUCUGUCUUUUCCAGCGAUAUUGCAGUUGAAGGUGGCCAUACUGUUGGCUACAAACCAACAGAAGAUGGCGCUUGACGUUUUGAAAGACGCAUUAGGUGCAGCGAGUGAUAAAAAGCUCCGAGCUGAAUUGCUGGAAGAGGUUGCUUCGCUUAACAUACAACUGGAGGACUACCGUUCCGCUGUCGAUUAUUUACAACAGCUUUUCGAACUUCGCCCCGAUGAUCUGCAAGUCGUCUGUCGAUUGAUUAAAGCGUAUGCAACAUUUGACCCGCAAAAAGCAGAGGAGCUUUCGAUGAGGGUAUUCCCGCAUGAGGACAGUUCCGACAUUGAUGUUGACGCACUGGAAUUCUCGGAUGCAGUACUGUAUGGCGAUCGUUAUCGUCAAAAAAAAGAAACGAAAGUGGAGACACUGCCCGACACGGUCAGUUAUCAGUUACUGCCAUAUCUUCUAUGA